CGCCCACCAAUCCAGAUCCAUCUCACCAUCAACUUUUCUCUAUACUAUUCUUUGCAUUUGCAUAGCUAGAUAGUCUUUGCUUCUCACUCUUGAAUUAAAUAUAUACUCUUAUCCUCCAUCUGCUUCUCGUUGAUAUCUUUUAUCUUGACUUUCUAUAAAAUACUCAAUCGAAACUUAAAUUUGAUUCUAUAUUAGUUCGAAAUCCCAAGAUGAGCUCAAUGAACAACAAAACUAACUCUAGGGUCAAUACCUAUUCAACUUCUUCAACUUCUUCAACUUCGUCUACCACCUCAACUUCUUCUUCUUCAUAUCCUCAAACUCCUUCUCAUCUAACUACUCAUCUUCAACACACUCUACAUCAAAGCAGAUCAUCAAACCCUGAAAUUAUCAAAUCUAUUAAAUCUUAUAAAGCUACUCAUAGCUUGGAAAUCUCUUUUCAAUCUGGUGAUGCGUUUUCUUUCUUAGGUCAACGAUCAGAUCAAGCUGGUCAUCUUUGGUUUGAAGCUUGUCAUCUCAAAUCUGGUGCUCGCGGUUUGGUGCCUUCUACUUGUUUUGAAUCUCUUCAUCAAGAAGUUUUGAAGACUUCUCAUCAUCAAUCUACUCCUUCUUGGUCUGCUACCAAUUCACCCACUUCUCCAACUCGCAUCAUUUCUUCUUCUCAGCCUAAAGUCAACCAUCAACAUGCUACUGCCGCUUCAUUGGCUUCAUCUCGAGCCUACCAGAAAAAUCCGUUGUUUGGUACCGUCAAGUACGACUUUACAGCUGAGCGUACAGAUGAACUUGAUGCUAAGCGAGGCGAGUCACUGGUCAUCAUGGCUCAUAGUGAAUCUCAAUGGUUUGUAGUCAAACCAAUCGGUAGAUUAGGUGGACCGGGAUUAAUUCCUUUGAACUUUGUAGAGGUGAAAGACAUGGUUUCGGGUCAUCCCUUACGUUUGAAAGAUCUCAAAGAAGUCAUCUUGAAGAAAGGUGUUCCGGAUAUUGACGCCUGGAAGGCAUCCACUGCAGCUUACAAAGUCAAUAGUAUCUCGCUGGGUACAUUUGAUAACUUGAGCAAUCGUGGCGGUGUAGUUCAAUCGGGUGCAACAGAACUCAAAGGAUCCAAAAAACCAAUCUCACUGCCUCAACCAGCUCGAGCUGCUUUGUUACCAGCUCGUUCACAUGGAAAUCUCAAAGCCCCUUCCACUCCUACUCGACCUUUUACCUUUAGCUCGGUCACUUCUCUUCCCCUAGCGACUCAACUAGUGGUACCACUUAACCCGAUUUCACUCAAUCCCUCUUCGAUUCAUUCCAACAAACGGUCUUCCGAUCAACAUCCAUCACAACGGGAACCGAUUAAUUCAAAAGAUUUUCCACUGCCACCUGGUCGAUCAACGCCUACGCCUAGUCCGGCUAAAUCGAUUCAUUCCCAAGAACAACAUUUUGCUACCGUUGGGAUGUUGAGAGAUCGCUAUGGUACCUUGGUACACGCAUCUGUUGAAUCAUUUCAUCAAGAAUCGGGUCAAUAUUGGUUUCACUUGAGAUCACAUUUUAAGAAGGCGAAUUCAAAAGAUGAAACGGUGUUGGUACUUUAUAGAUUAUAUGAUCAAUUUUUGGAAUUUUAUUCGUCUUUAUCGAAUGACGUUUUGAUCAAAUCUAGGAGUCCAGCAAAGUUUGAACCAGAUCUCAAGGUGGAUGAAUUAGUUUGUUGUAGAAGGAUGGAGGAAUUGAAUGAGUUUUUUAAGGAAUUGGAAGGGUUUGAUGAGGUGGUACGAUCUAAGGGGAUUAUUUAUGAAUUCUUGGGUCCAAGAGAAGGUGAUGUUGAACUUCAAAAGACGUUGAAUUCAAAACGAAGAUCGAAUGAGAAGGUCAAGGAUGUUAAAGAAGGUUCUAAGAGUAGAGGAUCAUCAUCACAUCGAAGAAUUGGAUCAACUUUACCUUCUACCAAUCCUUCACAAGCUUUAAAUUCGAAUUUUUAUAGAAUCAAAGUCUAUCAAGAAAAAUCUUCGGACGUAUUUGCAUUGAGAAUACAAGAAGGAAUGAAGUAUAAAGAAUUGAUAGAAAAGAUUGAAGAAAGAGUGGAAGGAGGUCAGAAUGGUUUGGUUAAGAUUAAAGAUGGAAAAGAUUCAUGGAGGGAGAUUCGGGAUGAAGUGGAAUUGGCAGAUUGGUUUGGUGAAGGAGAAAAGUUGGUUUUGAUGUAUUGUUGUUGAUGUCAUGGUUUGGGGAAGGAAGUCUUUUCUCAUUAUGAAGAGCAGUAAAAGGACUUGUGAAAAGUGUGGAUACCUUUAUUCAUUCAUUUAUCUUGAUGGAAUAAUCUAAUAAGUCUUUUGUUAUCAGUUUUUGUAUACUCUCUCUUUCUCUCUCUCUAUCUCUUUGAGUUUUUUAUAUACACUCGUUUGUCUAGAAGUUAUAAAGUUUUUUUAAGUUACAUUAGUUUAUGGUUUCAGUUUAUUUAUUGGACAUUUUUUUUUAUUUCGAAUUCAAUAAGUUUAUCAUUUCAUAAUUUAUUAUCAAGUUUAGUUUUGUAUGAUUCGGUUUUUUUUUAUUUAGUUUUUUUGUUUGUAAGAUUAUAUAUAGAUUGUAUACUCAGAUAUUUUUUUUUUCAGUUUUUUCAUGGUUGUGAAUUUUUUCUUUGUCAAUAUUUUAUUUUCGAUUUGAGGUUUUAAUUAUUUUUUUUAAUUGAUUUUUUUGUUUG